AACGAUCGCCCCAUAACUCGGGCUCCUUUGUUAUACUCUUAGCUCCACGAAGGUCAGAAAGUUCUUAAAAAAGUUUCUCCCAAAGUAGAGAAGAUUCUCUCGUUGCACUUUAUUCAUAAAGGCAAAAGAAUCUUUCUUAAUCUUCCUCUCCCCAUUGAUCACCAACAGUCCACAUGCUCAGCUGUCCACGCCCCCACACUGGUUUGCAUCUCCCAAGAUAAAGGUCUCUGCAUCUUGAGUUCCUCUAGAUACAGAGAAGCAGAUAUCCUUCAUUUUGUCUUUUGUUUGCUGUUCGGUGUUAGCCAUCUCGCAUCCUGAGUAAAUCAUUGGAAGCAACUAUGGCCACUGCUGAUGAAACUGGGGUUCCGGUUAGGCUUGAGGGGAAGUUCAAGGCCAUGGUGUUCUGUUGGGUCCUUGGACUUGGGUCUCUGGUGGCAUGGAACAGUAUGCUGACUAUUGGAGAUUAUUAUUAUAAAGUGUUCCCGCAUUACCAUCCUUCAAGAGUGCUUACCAUUGUUUAUCAACCAUUCGCAAUUGGGACGAUGGCUAUCUUAUCGUACCACGAAUCCAAAGUUGAUACGAGAAAGAGGAAUAUAAUUGGAUACAUCCUUUUCACUCUAAGUACACUCUUUCUCAUAGUUUUGGACUUAGCAACGUCGGGGAAAGGGGGAGUUGGGCCUUAUUUCGGUAUAUGUGUGCUCGUUGCCUGUUUUGGAGUGGCAGAUGCUCAUGUUCAGGGUGGUAUGGUCGGCGAUCUGUCUUUCAUGUGUCCUGAAUUCAUGCAGUCGUUUUUCGCUGGUUUAGCUGCAUCAGGAGCUCUAACAUCUGGUUUGAGGCUGAUCACAAAAGCAGCCUUUGACAAAGCUCAUGAUGGUCUUCGCAAGGGAGCGAUGUUGUUUUUGGCAAUCUCCACAUUCUUCGAGUUCAUCUGCAUCAUUUUGUAUGCAACUUGGUUCGCUAAGAUUCCGAUUGUGAAGUACUACCGCUCCAAGGCGGCCUCAGAAGGGUCUAAAACUGUCUCAGCUGAUCUUGCUGCCGCUGGAAUCCAAACACAGGAUGGAAGCUCUAAAGAAGAUCGAUUGAGCAACAAACAAUUGUUGUUUCAGAAUAUAGAUUAUGCCAUUGAUCUAUAUCUUAUAUAUGUUUUGACACUGACAAUCUUCCCAGGCUUUCUCUAUGAGAAUACCGGAACACACCAGUUGGGAUCAUGGUACCCGCUGGUUCUAAUUGCUAUGUAUAAUGUAUGGGAUCUCAUAUCUCGAUACAUUCCCCUUAUUGGUUGGCUCAAGUUAGAGUCCCGAAAGGGCCUCCUGUUCGCCAUUCUUGCCCGUUUCUUGCUUGUCCCUGCAUUCUACUUCACGGCAAAGUAUGGUGAUCAAGGGUGGAUGAUAAUGCUCAUUUCGUUCUUGGGCUUGAGCAAUGGUUAUCUCACUGUCUGUGUUAUGACAGUAGCGCCCAAAGGCUACAAGGGACCAGAGCAAAAUGCCUUGGGCAACUUGCUUGUGCUUUUUCUCUUGGGUGGGAUAUUUUCGGGAGUUUCUUUGGGCUGGCUGUGGAUCAUAGGCAACGACAAGUUCUAGAGAGCCAUCAUCGCUGUCACUGGAGAAGAAAAUGAUGAGAUCUUUCCAUUCGCAAA